GGGUCCGUUGCCCUGGUCUGUUCCUGCUCUAGGAACGUUUCACUGCCGCAGGACAACUGCAAGAUAUGGCCUCCCUGUCAACGGCCGUGCUCGGUGGCGGCAUCAGCGGUCUCUCGGCCGGCUACUACCUGUUGCGCCAGUUUGGAAAACCUCUCACAAUUUAUGAAUCCUCGCCUAGGGUUGGUGGAUGGAUACGUACUGAAAAGCACAGGGACCGAAGCUUCAUAUUUGAAAGUGGUCCGCGUACGAUACGUCCGAAAGGAUUGGCAGGUGCCAAUACGCUGGAGCUUGUGGAGCAACUGAAAGUGCCUAUAAAGCCAAUACUUUCGUCACAUGUGGCGGCCCGCAAUCGCAUGAUUUAUGCCAAAGGAGAGUUGUGCAUGCUGCCGAACAGCCCCAAGGGCCUAUUCAGCACACUGCCGCCGUUUACCCAGCCCCUGUACAAGGCACUGUGGCAUGAUCUGAUCACGGGCAGCACCCCCGCCAAGCACGACGACGAGUCCAUCUACAGUUUUGCGGAACGAAGGUUUGGUAAGGAGAUUGCCGAUUAUGCCAUUAGCCCAAUGAUAUGCGGCAUUUGUGCAGGCGAUGCUCGAGAGAUCAGCGUCCGCUUCCUGAUGGAGAGUCUGUUUGAAAAGGAGCAGAAAUACGGUGGUGUAUUGAAAGGAGUUCUCUACUCCCGCUUCUCGGGCGGUGCGAAAAAGGAUAGCGCUGGGCUCUUUGCCCAAUCCCAGCCUGCACUCUACAGCCAAGCCUGCCAAGAAAAAUGGGCCAUGUACGGCGUGGAGGAUGGCUUGGAGCAGCUGCCUCGAGCCUUGCGCAAAUAUCUCGGUGAGCAUGAUGUAAACGUGCAGCUGAGUACGGAAUGCCGCAGUCUGAGCUUCAACAACAAUGGCGUACGUCUUCAAUUACGCGAUGCAGAGGUUCCGGUGGAGCACGUUGUGAGCUCACUGCCAGCUUACAAGAUGGCGCAGCUGGUUAAGACUCAGCACCCCUCAUUGGCGGCGCAACUGCAAGCCAUACCCUAUGUAGACGUCGUUGUGGUCAAUAUGCAAUACGACAGCGAUGAGCUGCUACAACGAGAGGGGUUUGGCUUACUGGUGCCACCGGUGGAAAAACUGCCACUGCUGGGCAUUAUAUUUGACAGUUGCUGCUUUGAAAUGGCAGGCAAUACAGUGCUCACGGUUAUGAUGGGAGGACAUUGGUUCAAUCAAUGGUUCGGAAACCGGCCAACCCAGAAGCAACUUCUCGAUAUCGCAGUGGAGUACGUUCGCAAAAUUUUGGACAUCAAGGAGGCACCGAAGUUCAGCCGCGUCCACACACUGCAUCAGUGUAUCCCUCAGUAUACGGUGGGCCACAAGCAGCGCGUCGAGGGAAUUCGGCGCUACAUAAAGACCUACAAGCUGCCUUUAUCAGUUUGUGGCGCUGCCUACGAUGGUGUGGGUAUCAACGACGUGAUUUUGUCUGCGCGUCGGCAGGUUGAGGCAUUGCAACCAGUAAGCACCGCCUAAACGUGGCAUCUAUUUCCGAACUUAAAUUGUUAGCUCGACUUUUACAUUUCCCUCUCUGUCGUGUAUAUUUGUUGAUUUCAUAGUAGUAUUCCAUUUGUAAAUAUAAAUUGGUUCAAUCCUAAUUUUUACGCUAA